AUGACUAGUAAUAUCGCCGACAUACUAGAUAAUGCUGCGGGAAAGGCUCAGAAGGCACAGGGCGAGUCCUUAAACACCUUUCUUGCAUCUCUCACAACAUCAGGAAUUACUCUGGGAUUCGGGUUCAUCUCAUACGUAUUUCUUAAAUACAGGUGCCCAGAACAGUAUUCGCAACAAACACGCCGGACGUCUAAUUCGGGAUGGAAACCGGCUUCGCUGUCGCCGCGGAUGCUCUUCUUCCAAAUGCCAGACCUCCCCUUGAGGCAUGCGCCCGGUCUCGAUAAUUACUUCUUCGAUCGUUAUUUACAGACAAUAACAACAAUUUUCCUCCUUCUAGGGCUAACAAUACCACCGAUCCUCAUUCCAUUAAAUGUGGUUGGCGGCAAGAACGAGGCUGGAGGAGUAAAAGGGCUCGAUCGUCUGAGUUUUUCAAAUGUUGGCCGCUCGCACACAGACAGGUACUGGGUUCACCUUAUAAUUGCUAUCCUCGUAGUUGCGUUAGUUUGCCGCAUACUUCAGCGCGAAUUGCAAGAGUACACAAGAAUCGAGAGCAGCUUCAGCGUUUCUCGCACAUCAUCCCUCCUUAUCUCGAGCUCGAUGCAACAUCUCUCUUCCAAGGCCAUUCAGCGACACUUUCAUAAAACUGCUGGUGGUGUACGCUUUAUAACGGCGAAUCGGGACUACAGCACCUUACGCGCCAAAGUACGCCGACGUGAUGCUUUAAUUACAAAGUUAGAGAUCGCCGAAACCACUCUUAUCAUGAAAGCGAACUAUAACCAAAAGCUCGGUCGCACGAAGGACGACAGAUACAGCCACCCCAUUCCGCUAUGGACAAAAUACCUAGAUCAGAAGGACCGCCCAUCAAUUCGGCUCUCUAUAGUUCCAUGGCUGCCCCCUUUGCCAUUUAUUGGAGUGCGGGUCGAUGCAAUCCGUCAUUUCCGUACGGAGUUUGCCAGAUCAAACGCCGAGAUUGAGUGGGACCAAGAGCACCCAUACACAUUCCCUCCAACUAACUCCUCCUUUGUUCAUUUCAACCAGAGAAUCUCAAAGCAGCUUGCGACCAUAGCGCUCAAAGCACGAAUCCCCCCUUCCUGGACGCUAAAACAUGGUACCACUCCAAGCGACACGAUAUGGGCUCACGUCUCGAUCAGUUGGUGGCAGCAGUGUAUUCGGACAGCUAUCGUCUAUAUUCUGGUCACGGUGCUUAUACUUGGCUUCGCAGUCCCGGUCACAGCCAUUGGGUCGCUUUCUCAGAUCAAAUACCUCGCCAAUGCGGUCUCUUGGUUACGAUGGGUAGGGACUCUUCCAAACUGGCUUUUAGCGGCUAUCCAAGGAGUGCUGCCUCCGUUGCUCGUGGCUGUUAUUACAGCCACAGUUCCACUCGUGGUCCGCCUGCUCACAAACAUAGAGGGACUUCAUUCGCGCCAAGCCACUGAAAACCACAUUCAAAUCUACUACUUCGCCUUCCUCUUUAUCCAGGGGUUUCUUACAAUCUCCUUAUCAGCAGGUAUUACAACCAUUAUUGGACAAUUGGCAAACACGAUUCAAGCCGUUCCUGCAGUCCUCGCACAGAAUUUGCCCAAGGCGUGUAAUUACUUUUUUUCUUAUAUCAUUAUGAGUACCUCUACAGCGGCGGUCUCCACUCUUAUACAUGCCGACCAGCUUCUCAACUUGUUCGUACUUUCCCCGGUGUUCGACAAAACAGCUAGACAGAAGUGGAUGAGAGGAGAGAAUAUAGGCCUACGAAAAUGGGGGACAUUCAUACCGGUCUUUACAAAUAUUGCAUGUAUAGGUCUCAUCUAUUCAGUAAUCGCUCCACUUAUUCUAGUUUUUAGUGUCGUUUAUUUUGGAGCGCUCUGGAUACUAUAUCGGUCCUAUCCUCCGAAACUCACGGAGUUAGAUCUUGGCACCGGCGGCCUGUUUUAUCCCACAGCAAUACGCCAAUUGUUUACCGGCAUAUAUUUCAUGGAGUUUUGCUUGGCUGGCUUAUUCUUUCUUGUCCGCGACGCCGAUGACAGAGCGACAUGCACCGCGCAGGCAGUAAUUAUGGUAGUAGUUACGGCCUUAACUGCAUUGUUUCAUUAUACUCUAUAUUAUAGUUAUUGGAUACCUUUUUUGCCUCUUCUCGAUAUUUUCAAGCGGAAAAUUAAUCCAAUUAGCAGUCAAGGCAAUGGCCAGCAAGAUUGGAGAAGCAGAAAAGAGGUUAAAGAGCUCUCGACUCAAAAGCCAAGGAUAUUGCAAGCGGAUCUUGUUCAAGACGAGGCUCUGAGGUCUUCUCGUCCAGUUAUCUGGAUUCCGAAGGACGAGUUGGGGAUUGCGGAUGAUGAGAUCUCUCAUGUAAGGAGAACCCAUGAUAUGUGGAUUAGCAAUGAAAGUGCAUCUCUAGAUGAGCGAGGAAAUCUGAAAUUAUGGGGUCCGCCUCCAACUAGAGGAUGA